AUGGACUGCCAGGCACUCCUGGGGUCAAUGGAUUACCAGGGAGCCCUGGAAGUCAUGGAUUACCUGGAAGAGAUGGAAUACAAGGUCCUCAAGGGUCACAAGGAAUACAGGGACCUCCAGGAAAAGCUGGACCUCCAGGUCCUAAAGGAGAUCAAGGACAAAAUGAAGACAGGACAACUAAAGGGUGCUCGAGUGGGCUUUACACAGAGGAAAUCCAAGAGACUUGGAGGACUGGAUUUUGCUAGCGGGGCGCGUGGAGGUGGACCAACAGCAAAUCUCUCGUCGUCCAAGGGAGAGCAACAGAAUCAAACCCCCGACAGCAGCAACACGGCGCCUCUCCCCUCGUCGCGGAAGGUCGACCAGCAGGGAGAGGAGAGCAGGGAGGGGGGCCUGCUUCGCUUGCGGCCGCGAGGGACAUCGAGCGGCAGAGUGUCCGAAAGGGACAGGCGUGGAGACAAAAGGAGAGAGGCUUCGCAGCCAGAAGCCACCCCACCAGAGCUCCAAACUAGCAAAAGGGAAAGCUGCCAUGGCAACGGAAACGGCUUUAGCCCCAGGGCAGCUUCAGGCAGAAGAGAUGGAGGAAGCGGAGGACCUGGAGUUACCGGGAAACGACUGGGAUCUGUUUUGAACGCCCGGAAACAGAUCGAACCACCAGAGGGCGACGGGGCAAUCCUAGGACACAUUUUCCCAAACAUCAUGAGUGCAGGAGAAAAACUAUUUGCAUCCAGUGCAGCCGAAGGCAACUAUGAGACUGCCAAGGUGGCGUGUUCCCAUUUUGGAGGCCAGAUUGCUUCUCCGAGGAACGAGGCUGAAAACAACGCCAUUGUUAAAAUAAUUGCAAAGCUGGGGAAAUCUGCGUUUCUUGGAAUGAAUGACAUAGAGACUGAAGGCAACUUUAUCCACUUAAAUGGUGAACACAUUGGAUAUACCAACUGGGCACCAGGGGAGCCAAAUAGUGCACAAGAGGACUGUAUAGAAAUAUAUACAUAUGGCAAGUGGAAUGACAAGUCCUGUGCAGAAAUCAGAAUAAUAGUCUGUGAAUUUUUAUCCAACUGACUUUGAUGUUCCCAUGAGGAAUGAUUCAUAUAUCUAUUUCCAUUAUACUAAUUUUUCUCAGUUGGCAGGGGUGGAGCUCUGAAUGAAAUUAUCAGACUUAUAUGGAAAAGAUCCCACCAAGACAGGAUUCCAGAAUCCCCAUAAAUAGCAAGAAAGGCUUGCUCAAUGUCUCAUGAUUUGUGGUAUGGUGAAUUUUAACUCAUAUUGAACAAAAUGAGCAGCUCUAAUCUCAUUAUCAGUUUUUGAUUUGAGAGAAGUAAAAAGAUGAAUGGUGCUGUAAUGUGUAUUUCUAGAUUAUAAGGCAGAAGUCACAAAGAUCCUAACCUCAGAAACAUAAAAGCUACAAACAAAUUGUGAAUAUGUGGACAUGUUGUAGAAAGGCUAGCUUUACUUUUACAAAAUAGCCUAAAUAUUUAAAGUUUUCCAGGUUUUUUUUUUUCAAAAUGGAGGGAUUCCAAAGUUCCACAAUAUGCAUUCAGAGUGAAUAAUUGACCCUAAUCUAGGGGUGUGUAUAAUUUCCUUUUUACUUUUAAUUUUUUGACAAUUUAUUUGAGGUAAAAUACUAUAGUAUCUAUUAGGGGUGUGCAUAAUUUCCUUUUUUAUUUGUAUUUAAUAUCAAAUUUGUUAAAUUUGUGCAUACAAAGUGAUAUUAGAAACAUGCAGGAAAGGGAAGAUUUAUAAAUUGAAACACUCUUUGGCCCAAUAGCCAUAAGGAAGGCACUGCGGACAGGGCUAAAGUUAAUGGGCAGGAGACUGAGAACACAGCCAUCUUAAAUAUAGUUUAGGAAGGCAAAGCCCCCUGUGGCAGGGAAUGCAAAAGGCCCUGCCCUAAACUACAUUUCCCAAAAUGCAAUGCUCAGCAUCUGAAGGACUCAAUGAGGGCUGACUGCAGCAGCCACCAUUUAGUCUAAUAAUAAUAAAUAAAAUUAUUGAAUCUGCAAAGAGGACUAAAGUUUGGGGAUUCUGCUUGUGUACCGUCCACCCCGCGACACAGCAGUCUCCCUGCCUGAGCUUGCUGAGGUGGUGUCUGGCCUGGUGUUGGUCUCUCAGCGACUUGUUGUCCUGGGAGAUUUCAACAUCCAUGCGGAUGCCACCUUAUCUGGCGCAGCUCAGGACUUCAUGGUUGCCAUGACGACCAUGGGACUGUCCCAAGUGAUAUCUGGUCCCACUCAUCAGGCUGGACACACUUUAGACCUAGUAUUUGUGACAAAUGGGGCAGAUGUUGGUGUGGAAGAUCAAAACAUCCUUCCAUUGUCAUGGACCGACCAUCAUCUGGGCAGUGUUAGACUUACCGUCACCCAAAACCUCCGCAGGGGUUGCGGACCGAUUAAGAUGGUCCGCCCCAGGAGACUUAUGGAUCCAGAUGGAUUCCUGAUGUCUCUUGGGGAACUUCCUGUCAUGUUGGCUGACGAUCCUGUUGAGACCCUGGUUGAUCUCUAUAACACCAAGAUGGCCAGGGCUCUUGACUCGAUCGCCCCCGAACGUCCCCUUGCACUCCGCAGAGCCAGGUCGGCUCCUUGGUUCACCGAGGAGCUGGCUUUGAUGAAGCGGGUGAGGCGGGGACUAGAGUGCAAGUGGCAGAAGACUCGGAGCAUCACCGACCAAACACGGGCUAGAACCUCCAUUAAGGCCUACUCUGUGGCGUUGCAGGCAGCCAGAAAAACUUUCUCAACUGCCCGCAUCGCAUCUGCAACAAAUAGACCAGCAGAGUUGUUACGGGUUGUCCGGGAGCUCCUUCAUCCUCAUGAGGUGGAGGAGCCCCUUGACAACUCGGUCACUCGAUGCAGCGAGUUCGCGCAUCAUUUUGCAGAUAAAGUUGCUCGAUUACGCUCCGACUUGGAUGCCAGCUUUGAUACAGUGCCUGAUGAGGUACCUAGAGCAUCUGUCGAUUCCAUCUUGAUGGAUUCGUUUCAACCUGUUCGGCCUGAUGACGUGGACAAGAUCCUUGGAGCAAUAAGACCAACCACAUGUGCUCUAGACCCUUGUCCUACCUGGCUUAUAAAGCAUGCCGGGGGGGGGGGGUUCGAAUGCUCCCUAGAUUCGAACUGCUGACCUUUUGGUCAGCAAGUUCAACAGCUCAGUGGUUUAACCUGCUCCACCACCAGGGGCUCAUUUACUCUACAGGAAAUUAACUCAAUCAAGUCCUGGACUUUCUGGCAGCCAUGAGUUGAAGGCUGCUAAAAUAACAUAUGGGCACCAUUCAGUAGGUAAAGAGAAUCCUCCUUCAAAAGAUCUUCCUUUAAAGAAUCAAUGACAUCUCUUAAGUGUUUGAUCCACCGGAUAGUACUUGCUCAGACUGUACACCUGGCUUUAAAAGGUCAUAUUUAUUUGACAGAGAUAAAGAGUGGGUAUUACUUACUGGAACUGCUUGUUUGUUUGCGAUGUAUCUGUCGACUUCCUGCUGUUUCAUUGGCACAGUUGAAUUGUGUGCGCCAGAUUGAAACCGUUGUCUCUUUUUCCUUUUCCCCAUAAUCAUGAGAAACAAGAGCCUAAUUGUUCUAUUAUAGGUAAUUUUUCGUUAUGAGUUCUAGAGGGGGGGGGGGGGUGUGGUAUGGAGAGAAUUCCACAGAAUUUUUACAAGCACUUGUAGCAGCUGAAUUACAGGCCGCUGGUGUUAAGACAUACACAAUAAAACAAUAAAGCGUUAAACUAUAAACAAUAAAAUGCUAUAGUAAAAAGAACCCCCAUGUAUGGCAGCAGGGUAGUGAUAAAACAAACUAACUACAAAGGCUCUGCCAUUGCUGCCCAUGCUGAUGCCAUCUUGGUACCACCUUUUUCUAAUCGAUUGAAUAAGAUCUACAUUGAAAAUAGAAUCCUGCCUUUAUUUCUGUGUGAAUGCCUCCUGUAUUUGCAUUUUGUAGAAUCAAAUAAAGUUUUAUUCUAAUGAUGAAACCAA